CACAGAGAAAGACACAGUAGGAACUAGGCCGCUAGACCAACAAAGCAGGAGAACCACUCCACGAGUCCACGACCGCGUCGCUCAAUUCACCCGACGUCUUAGCAGCACCAUCAGGGUCCGUGUGUCUCUGACAGACCCCUCCUCCCUCUUUGUUACAAAAGGGGAAUGAUUAUGAAAUCCGUCUUCCUCCUACGACGUCGUAUAUAGUAGAUGCUAAAUAUCCAUCUCUGAGCUACACCGGUAAUUAAGCCUCAUUAAAAAAGAGAACGGUAGAUUAGUCGGGGUCUCUGGUAGCCUAUUGGUAGUCUUUUAGUAUCAUAAGUACGGUUAUAGCCUAUUAGCCUGUUCAUUUCUGCCGUACUUGCUGUUAUAGCUCGCGGGUUGGUCGAGGUGUAACCAUGUCGGGGUGCGAGGCAGCUGGCGUGGCGUCGACGGCCGUGGCGACAGUCGCGAUGCCUUCGCGAGAGAAUGGCGACGACAUGGGCGAAGACCCCAAGCGCUUCGACUUCGGGUUCGCCUUCAACAACGCCGAUUUCGCCGAUCGCAUCGUGCAGCUUCGGAUUUGCCCUGACGAAGCCACACCCCCCGCCGCUCCAGCAGCAGCGGAAGCUUCGGCGCAGCUUCCGGCGGCUCCCCAUCCCGCGGCGGGCGGAAGCCCCUCUCCCCCUCCGCCGCCGCCGCCGCCGUAGCCGCCGCGUCUGCCGCCGGGAAUCUAGGAAAGAGAUGUUCUUCUAUCGGGGGAGAGGAGCGAGCGGAGAGUUGUCGUUUCUGGCUGCUCUGAAUAGUCCAGCCGUACCGCUGCCAGCAGGUUUGGGACCGGACCAAGCGGCUGCUCUGACAAGAGGCUCGGCAGGAGGAGCUAGCCUCGGCAGCCGACCCCAGAGCCCUUCACCACCAGCAGUGGUGCUGCUGGCGCUGCUGUUGCUCCUCCUGCUGCUGCUGCCGCUGCUGCUGGUGCUGCUGCCACUUCUGCUGCUCCUGCGGCCGGUGCUGGUGGUGGUGCUGCUACUGCUGCUGCCGCUGCAGCCGCUGCUGCCGCUGCAGCUGUUGUUGCUGCUGAUGCUGUUGCUGCUGGUGUUGGUGGUGGGUUCGGGGGAGUAAUGGGCAGAGCACCCAGGUUCGGCAGUUUGGGGGGGUCGGGGCUCUCACCGUUCGAGUCAAGCCAAAAGCCAUCGGGAGGGCCUGGGCUGGGGACAGGCGCAUGUGGCGGGUGUGGCAUGGGAGGAAACGGCAGUGGAGGUGCAAAUCUGGGCCAGUGCGUUUCUGGGCGGCGGUGGUGGUGGCGGUGUGACGAUAGGGAGUUGUGGGGGGUUCAGAGUGGUGAAUCUGCAUCUGUCAUCGGUGGUGCUGGCAGCCAAGUCUGCUUUCUUCCGCACACUCUUCACCUGCGGCUUCAAGGAGAC